UUAUUAUAGCUGCAACAGUAUUUGGUCAGGUGUACAAAUUUUAGAGGAAUAGUGAGUGGAAAUCAAAUGAACUAUGAAGAAAAAUUUUGAAAUCCCAAGACUGGUGAAAAUGGAUAAGAAGGAUUUCCAGAAGUUUGAGGAAGAUGAAAGAUCUGGUGAUAUUGACCAAUACUUUACCAAGAUGCAGCUUGCUAAUCUCUCUGCUUAUGAGACGCUUCGAUACAGAAAUAUGAAGAAAAAUUAUGAAAUGAUGGUUAAAAUGGGUCUACCAGCACAGAAACCUGAAUUCAUGAAAGCACUGAAGCAGAAACAGAUUGUAAAGAAUACUAAUGAGUCGGGUUUUAAUGAAAUUAGAAAACGUAGUGCAGAAAAAGUUAAAAGAAAUCAAGGUCAAACAGACAGUAAUUUAUCUAAAUCAAAAUUAGAAACAAAGAAGAAGAAAAAAGUUACUCAAAGAAUUGAUUCUGAUUCAGAUGAGGAAUGGAGACCCAGUUCAGAAAAACGGAAAAGAAAUUCAGCAUUUGAAGUACCAAAGAAAAGGAUAAGAAAAGAAAAGAAGGAACAAAAUAGCUUAAAUUCUGAAGAUGAAAAUGUCAGGGGAGUUUCUGUUGAAAGAGAAGAGACUGGGCAAUCAGGAAGACAUAGAUAUCCACAGAGAAAAAUUCCUUUAACUAAUUAUAUGUAUUUAGAAGUACCAGAUGAUGAUGAAUUUAUUUAUUGUGAAGAUUGUGAAAGAGAAUACGAAGGAGACUGUCUUGUUCACCCCUGUAUAAACAUAUUUGAUUCUCAGACCACCACAAAGAAUGAAAGAAGAGCAAUCAACACUUUACCUGAUGGAUUGUCUGUUAAAGAGUCGAGAAUACCUAAUGCAGGACUAGGUGUCUUUGCAGAUAAAACUUUUCCAAGCAGAAGCAAAUUUGGGCCAUAUCAAGGGGAGAUAACUAAGGAUGCUGAAACGGCUCAUUAUACUGGAUAUGCUUGGCAGAUAUAUUUAGAUGGGGCUCCAAAUUAUUUUAUAGAUGCUUUAGACAAGUCGAAAUCUAACUGGAUGAGAUAUGUGAAUUGUGCAAGAAAUGAAGAUGAACAAAAUUUGAUUGCAUAUCAGUAUAAAGGAGACAUAUAUUACAGAUGUUUUAAAGACAUAGAACCAGGAAACGAAUUACUAGUAUGGUAUGGCCAGGAUUAUGGAAAAGAUCUCGGAAUAGAACGAAUGAAUAUAACAUCUAUACUGAAACCAAAAUAUAUCAAUGGAGAAGCCAUUUAUAGGUGUCCAUUGUGUACUGUUAGCUUCAGCCAUGAAAGAUAUGUAUCAAAUCAUCUGAAGUACCACCAUAGUACAAAACUGGAAUGGCUGCUAAAUCCAUUAUCAUCUAAAACAAACAUCAUAGUGCAAUAUCAAUGUGGAAUUUGUAGUAUGUCAUUUUGUGUUAGCAGUUUCGCUAAACAGCACCAUAAAAUUUGUCAUGGAAAGGAUAUUAUGGAAAACAUAAUUAGAAUACACAAAUUACAAAAUGAAGAUUCAUCAAGUUCAGUUCAUAGAUCUAACAUGCAGUUAACAGUUCGAGGUCAACAGUCAAAGGAACACAUGAAAAGUCAAACUAAAGAAAAGCCUUGUAAAUGUGGUAACUGUGCUAAUGGAUUUUGUAAGAGUCAGCUUUUACAGAUACAUUUGAGAAGAUAUACAUGUGAUAAACCUUAUAAAUUUGAUGAAUGUGGUAAAGGAUUUAGUCAGAAUGUGGACUUACAGAAACAUAUGAGAACACAUUCUGGUGAUAAACCUUAUAAAUUUGAUGAAUGUGGUAAAGGAUUUAGUCAGAAUGGGAACUUACAGAAACAUAUGAGAACACAUUCUGGUGAUAAACCUUAUAAAUUUGAUGAAUGUGGUAAAGGAUUUAGUCAGAAUGGGGACUUACAGAAACAUAUGAGAACACAUUCUGUUGAUGAACCUUAUAAAUGUGAUGAAUGUGGUAAAGGAUUUAGUAGGAAUGAUAGUUUACAGACACAUAUGAGAACACAUUCUUGUGAUAAACCUUAUAAAUGUGAUGAAUGUGGUAAAGGAUUUAGUCAGAGUCAGAACUUACAGAGACAUAUGAGAACACAUUCUGGUGAUAAACCUUAUAAAUGUGAUGAAUGUGGUAAAGGGUUUAGUGUAAAUCAGAAUUUACAGACACAUAUGAGAACACAUUCUGGUGAUAAACCUUAUAAAUGUGAUGAAUGUGGUAAAGGGUUUAGUGUAAAUCAGAAUUUACAGACACAUAUGAGAACACAUUCUGGUAAUAAACCUUAUAAAUGUGAUGAAUGUGGUAAAGGGUUUAGUGUAAAUCAGAAUUUACAGACACAUAUGAGAACACAUUCUGGUAAUAAACCUUAUAAAUGUGAUGAAUGUGGUAAAGGAUUUAGUAGGAAUGAUAAUUUACAGACACAUAUGAGAACACAUUCUGGUGAUAAACCUUAUAAAUGUGAUGAAUGUGGUAAAGGGUUUAGUGAAAGUGGUAACUUACAGAAACAUAUGAGAACACAUUCUGUUGAUAAACCUUAUAAAUGUGAUGAAUGUGGUAAAGGGUUUAGUCAGAGUCAUUGCUUACAGACACAUAUGAGAACACAUACUGGUGAUAAACCUUAUAAAUGUGAUGAAUGUGGUAAAGGGUUUAGUGAAAGUGGUAACUUACAGAAACAUAUGAGAACACAUUCUGGUGAUAAACCUUAAAAAUGUGAUGAAUGCAGGGUCCGACACUUACGGUUGUCCGAUUGCCCGGGGCAAGCUAAUGCCGUAUUCGGACAAGUAAAAACAUCAUCUUGGUUGUCCGAUCGGGCAAGUGAAAAAAAAAGUGUUAUAUGAUUAAAAUUUUACAAAACCAAUAGUGUCUGUUGUUUUGUCCAUAGAUUACUCAGUGAUAACACCGCACGGUCGAGUAAAGUGGUCUUAACCCCCCUUCAAUGCGUAUAUUUCGUCAAUUGUUCGCACUGAAUUCCCCAUUUUACCAAAAAUAGAUCACGUUUAAAAAUAUUGGCCAAUCAGGCGGCCGCGGCGUUGCUUCGUCAUUAUCGUUAUCCAUCGGGACACCACUCGGGCGUUUCCGACGCACGUGUUAUUCCCACCGACCAAUGGAAAGCGGAGGUCUAUUAUCGUUGUUCUAACUUUAUAAUUUGACAUCGGAUGUGUAUUUCCCUAAGAUGGAAAAACGUAAAAGCUUGAAAGAGAAAAUGAAAUUAAACUUUAACAAAUUUGUCAGUUGUUGUCAGUUUAUCAAGAAGGAUUUUUUGAAAUGGCAUUUCUUAGAUAAAUUAUUAUGAAAUAAGUAUCUCUAUGUAAAUGAUCCAAUAGUAUAUUUUCAUACUCCAUAAUCAAUUUACACCCCAUAUACAUGAUAACUAUAUUUUAUCUGCAUGUACUACAUUACAACCACAAAAAUAGCAUGUAAAAGUUUGGGCAUGUAGAUUUCACUUUCGGACAAGUAAAAGUAAUAGGGCACUUACCCAACUGGACAAG